AUGCCUUCAUCCACGCUGCCCCCGCCUUCUCAAGGUCUUACUGUCUAUCAUGUUGCACUCGGACGUGGAUUACAAAACUACACUUGCCCUCCCGACGCUGGCUCUUCGGACGUCCCAAUUGCCCUUGGCGCCGUUGCUAAUCUCUACAACACCACCUGCAUGGCCAGCGUCCCCAUACCUGGCGGGAAUCCCCCCUACGUUCUCAAUAACGCCCCUGCAGUCGCCGUGGCGAACUCCAACCCCAAUGCAAGCGACAGCAAGCCCAUACAUCCCCUCGGAUCCAGCUCGGUGAUUUCCGGCCACCAUUACUUCACCGACAGCACUACACCAACCUUUAACCUCGUCUGGGACACCACAAAUUACGGCAUCUUCUUCUCGAAAAAGACCUCCAACGUUACAGCGCCAGCUACUGCGCCCAUCGGACCGGAUGGAAGCAAAGCCGUUCCCUGGCUAAAGUUGGAAGUGGAGAGCCCAGUCGCUCCACUGACGAUUGAGCAAAAGGACCUGGUGCCCAGCGUGAAGGAGAUCUAUAGGGUCAAUACUGCAGGGGGUGCUGCGCCAGCGACGUGUGCAGGGAUGCCCACGUCCUUCUCGAGGCAGUAUGCCGCGGAAUAUUGGUUUUUUGCAUGA